AUGGCGCCGCCCGCCGAAGACAUCACCGUCGACGCCCUCCCCCGCCUCCUCGAGCACGACUCGCGCGUCAAGCUCGCCGGCAUCGACGUCGACGGCAUCCUGCGCGGCAAAAUCGUGUCCAAGAAAAAGUUCCUCUCCGUCGCCCAGGCCGGCUUCGGCUUCUGCUCCGUCAUCUUUGGCUGGGACAUGCACGACCAGACCUACAUGCGCGAGCUCAACGUGUCCAACGCCGCCAACGGCUACCGCGACAUGCUCGCCAUCCCGGACCUCGCCACCUUUCGUCGCAUCCCCUGGGAGGCAAACGUGCCCUUUUUCCUCGUCAGCUUCUUCGACCCCGUCUCCCGCGAGCCCAUUGCCGCCUGCCCCCGCGGCCUGCUCAAGUCCCAGACCGACCGCUUACAGGCCAGCGGCUUUCGCGCCAUGGCCGGAGCCGAGUACGAGUUCUACACCUUCCGCACCCCAGACUCCUCCUCGUCGUCCUCCUCCGACUCUCCAGCCGCCUUCCUCCAGCAGAACCCGCCCCAUCUGCUCCCCUCGCUGACCGAGGGCAUGUUUGGCUACUCGCUCACCCGCCCCGUCCAUAACAAGGACUGGUACUACGACGUCUACGACACAUGCUCCAGCUUCGCUUGCGAUAUCGAGGGCUGGCACACCGAGUCGGGUCCCGGCGUCUUCGAGGCCGCCCUCGAGUUCAACGAGGUAGCCGCCAUGGCCGACCGCGCCAGUCUCUUCAAGUACGUCGUCAAGAGCGUCGGCGCCACCCACGGCGUCACCCCCUGUUUCAUGGCAAAGCCCAAGGAAGGCCUGCCUGGCAACAGCGGCCACAUGCACAUCUCCAUUGUCGACAAGGACGGCAACAACUUGCUGGCCCGCGACGGACUCGACGCCGACGCGCAGUACAAGGACAUCGCCGGCCUGUCGGACCUCGGCCGCCAUUUCCUCGCCGGCCUGCUCGAGGGCCUGCCCGACAUCAUGCCCAUCCUCGCGCCCACAAUCAACUCGUACAAGCGCCUCGUCGAAAACUUCUGGGCCCCCGUCACCGUCUCGUGGGGCUUUGAGCACCGCGCCGCCUCGAUCCGCAUCAUCUCCCCGCCCACGUCAAAGGUGAGCGCCACGCGCCUCGAGGUCCGCGUCCCCGGCGCAGACUCCAACCCGCACUUUGUCCUCGCCGCCAUCCUCGGCUGCGGCUGGCGCGGCGUCGAGAAGAAGCUCGCCAUCCCCUGCCCGCCCCUCGCCAUGGGCCAAGACGUCGGCGGCGACGCCGACCGCGGCGAGCGCCUCGCAAAGUCCCUCAAGGAGGCCACUGAGCGCUUCAUACGCAAGGGAAGCAUCGCCCGCGAGGUCUUUGGCGACGACUUUGUCGAACACUUUGGCGGGACGCGCGAGAAUGAAGUGAGGCUGUUUGACGAGGCCGUGACAGACUGGGAGAUGAAACGCUACAUCGAGACCGUUUGA